AUGACCGACAGCACUGACCUCGCUCUGUUUGAGCUCCGGCGGUGCGAGAGUGAUCAUGGAGAAUGGCUCUGGGGCCCGUUGAAGACCCCGGAGAUGGGCCAGGUUCUUGAUGAGAAGCGGAUCGAGCCCGAGGAGCCGGUGAUCCAGGGUCUUCCGACCAAGGUGCUUCGCAUGAUAUUCGAGCAUGUGGAUCGCCCGAUGGACAAACUGCACCUGGCUGUGACUUGCAGGCAGUUCUUCAGGGUCGCAUCCGACCUCAACCUGUCGGUCCUCAGCACCGCAAGGCAUCGCGACCAGGGCGGUGAUUGCAUAUGCGGCCGGUAG